CAUCAUGUAAUGUAUAUAUCAAGACUUGAAGCUGUAUUUUCACCUUUGGCACCAGAUCCUCUGUUCCUCUACCCACCCAAUCAUAACUCACCACCUCAUAACUUGUUGGACAAUAUUGCCCCUCUUUAUCACCUGAGUGAGUUGCUCUUUUUACCCCCAAAGAUCUAUUAAACAGAUAAGAAUUUAAGGCUGCUGGUGAAUGAGUGUCUUUAAGUGGCUAUAAAAAAAGAUUGGUCCUCUCUCCACAGCCUCCCCUCUUGCUUGCUCAUUAUCCUCAUCUCCCACAAUUUCAUUAUCAUUAGAGAGAAAGAAAGUUUAACAGAGAGAUGGGAAAUUGUCAAGCCAUUGAUGCAGCAACACUUGUGAUACAACACCCAAGUGGGAAAGAAGACAAAUUGUAUUGGCCUGUGACUGCUAGAGAGAUCAUGAAGAUGAAUCCUGGUCAUUAUGUCGCUCUUCUCAUCUCCACCACCAUGUUUACACCAAAUGAAAGUAAUAAGAACAAUGAAACCACCAAUAAUUCGGUUCGUUUAACUCGAAUCAAGCUUCUCCGACCAGCUGACAUGCUUGUUCUUGGCCAAGUUUACAGGCUUAUCACUACUCAAGAAGUUAUGAAAGGUUUAUCAGCAAAGAAACAAGCAAAGGUUAAACAAAGUCAGUUAGAAGCAGCUGAUAAGCCAGAUAGAAGGAAAGAACGUACAACCAGAAGCUCAGAUGCAGCAGCAGCAGCUGGAAGAUCUGUAUCUGAAGAUCAUAUUCAGGCGACCAAACACGAGAAAAACAACCGACCAAGGACAAGUAGUACAUCGACAACCUCGACCAUAGCCAGAUCAAGAACAUGGCAACCUUCAUUACAUAGCAUCUCAGAAGCUGGAAGCUAAUCAUUUAUGUUUCCUAUUUCCCACAUGCUAUUGAAAGACAGGGUGGCACAGAUUGUCCUAAGGCUCUUUAAGCUUCUCCAAAUAGGGGGAAAAAAAAAGCAAAAAAGGAGAGAAAGGCCAAAUGAGCCUUUUAAUUCAAGAGAAGGAAUUCUUCACCAACACAUUACUGAUAAUGAUAUUAGAGUGGUGGCUAUAAAAGAGUUGUUUAAAACUUUUUUCUUCAAUCUUGGGGGAAAAGAGCACCAAAAACUGUUCAUAGGAAAGCAGGGUGGGUAUAUAGUGCAAGCCAGUUGAGCAAACAUCUUUGUAAAUUCAAAGUCUUUUUCAGUAAUGAGAUGGGACUUGAGCAAAAAAGAGAGCUUAGGUUUUUUUUUUUUUUUUUUGGUAAUUACCAUUCUGAUUCACUGA